CAAUGGAAUCGAUUGAACUUCGUUUCGUGAAAAGAGAACUUCGACAAACUUGUUCAUUUCAAGUGAUUAAAAACGGAUAAAGAGUUCCUUAACGAGGCUACCAAAUAACAUGCUACUGGCUGCUGCAGUGCGCGCACGGUGCUCGCUGAAAUAGCCGGAAUCAUCCACGAUUCGAGAUACCCGGAGACAAUCGAGGACCAUGAGAUCUUCGAGAGCCUACUCGAAGAUACCCGCGUGGACGUUCUGCCUCCUCGCCGUUCUCCUCUUUCCUCAUGGGACCGCUGCUUUGGAAGAGAAUUGCACGGACUUCCAGGGCGGUGUCGUGCGACACGGUCUUCUCUAUGUCCCGGGACCUGCGGUUUGCAGCCUCUGCGUUUGCUAUCAUUCGGAGCCAAAGUGGUGUCAAGCCAUCUUCUGCACGCCACCUUAUAGGUGCAAAAAGUUCCGAGUAGGCGAACGAUGCUGCGAGUUUGAGUGUUUGGAUAAUACGGACACGACCGGGCCGGAUCUAAUAAUCGCUGCUGGUUCAUCCAGGAUUCAGGAGCAGGGAAUAGCCUGGCUGCUGGGUUUAACGGUGCUACUUACGGCGCUGUAAAUCUGCUACUGAGAGAAGAUGUCGACGGCCACUGGGAAUAGGGAAAGGUACGAUAUCGUUGACGUAAUAAGAAAAUCAUGAACGUGUCAGAUUUAUGUUUCAAGAAUCGAAACGAUUCGUAUUUAAUGAUUAAUAAUAAAAUAAUUAUCAGUUUUCAUUCUUAAUCCUGUUAAGUAAUUAAAUUAUCAUAUUUACUAUGAUUUUAACUUGAAUAAACUUCAAAGACAGUUAAAAUGUCUAUGUAUUAUUUCGUAUCAAUGAAUUUACAUAAAAUAUUGUUACAUAGUUAAAAUCAAUAUAAAUUUUGUUAAUUUCCAUGUAGAUGCUAAAGUAAUUAUUGCGCCGUGUCAAUAGUUGGUGUACCUCAAUUGAGUACACGUAGGUAACUGAAAAUUGUAUUAACGUUCAUAAUUUCAAUAUUGCGUCGACGAUACGUAGUUUAUGGUGAAAAACCGCGAACUAUGCCUCGGGGAUUAGUGUGUUAUUUAGGAGACAAACAUAAUAAUCGUGUCUGUUUCUUUUUGUUCAUGACGUACAUUGUUCGUCGGUCCCGAUUUAUGAAUUAAUAAGACGAGCUUAUAUCUCGAGCGAAGCUGAACCGAGAAUUGAGUUGUUUCCGCGCGAUAGCGAACGAAUAGGAAAAACUGUGAUGAGAAGGAUGUAACAAUGGAGAAACGUAAUUUUUUAUUCCAUUGUUGAAUUUCGUUGUGAUCCGGAUUCCUCGUUUACGUUUCCAUAUUUCGUUGAUACACGUGAGAUAGAUAUAACAUUAGAAUUAUAUAGAAUAUUCUGUUCGCCCUCUCUUUGGUGCUAAUAACGAUAAUGUUGAUGAAAGAGAGAGUUGUUGACACGCGUAGAACGAAAUUCUAUUUUCAACAAGAAUCACACGUAACUAUUUUGUUUACGACUAGUAAAAUGUAAUUAAUCGAUAACGGAAUGACGAAUAAACAAAUGUAAGAUAAGAAGUAGAUUAAUGGUUACGAAUAUUUGUAUAAUCGUCGAGUGACGUGCAGGAAUAGGAAAAGAAGUUACGUCUUCAGUAUCGCUUCUUAACCCCGAGCUUUACGACUUCCUUGAUAGCUACGUUUCGAACUUACCUAUUUCCAUAGAUUCGCUAACGAACGAUAAAAUAUUGGUCUGCAAACUUAAAAUUAAAGUCCGAACGAAAGUUUAUCACGCGAGUGCUCCCCACUAUCUCGCCCCGAACAUAACUUAUACUUUGUACCGUACAUAUUAUUCAAAGUUACAAAGCAAGGGGUUAAGCAUCAACGAUAAGAACUUCUGGAAGGAAAUUAUCUAUACUCUAAUCGCAAGAACUUUGAUAACUAGGCUGCGGAUUUUACGCAUUUAUAGGAAAAUUGAGUGAGCACAACAUACAAGUAUUGCAUCUAAUAAGUAACAAUAUACGAAACAUCGAAAACAAUGUGCAAUAUUUAAAUGGUGAAAAGAAUUUUGAUAUGAAACUCAUUAUUUCAAUUGAUGCCAUAAGUACUUUACUUUGCAUGAAUCCGCAGUCUGUUAAUAACGAUAAUUCCUCUUAUCGAAGAAUACGCAAGUAUACAGCUAUAACAUUUAUUCGGUCGCGAAGACACUCGAAGAGAGGAAGAAGAUGAAGUUUAAUAGCGCUUUGUGCCAAAGCACACAACGCUUGAGACAGUCACAUUGCGAGUCCGAGUUUCAACAACGAUGAGAGAUCGCGGAACCAAUUUAGACUAGACGAAACGCUCUUCAGACAACGAUAUCAGAGGGAUCAAAUCAGUGAACGAAGCGUCGUUCUUUGGAACAUGAAAAUUUCAUGGACUCUACUAUAAAACAUUUUACGUGGACGCGUUGCCGGGAGAAUUAACCCUUAGAGAAUUAAGGCCAAUCUCUCCAAGUUCAAUAAUUUUUUAACACGAUAGAGCUGUGAUUCUGACCAAGUUUUUCUUGACACGUUCUCUCUAUACUGAAUGUGCAAUAUAUUUCACUUGUAGCCAUGCUGGACAGUUUACAUUACAUAUUGUUUGAGAUUUAUCUAUCGUAUGACAUUGCAUGUAUUUAUGUUUCACAAAGGGUUUAGACAUUCUGUGAUUUCAAAGGAUUAAUUUUGUUUAUGAAUGAAACAUGAGCGCAUUGUCAUAUUACACUUGAAAUUUAAUUCAAAACUAAUACAAAAUUCAUUCUCAA